CCCCUGUGCUAGAAACACUUGAGCGUAUUUAACGUGUUCAUCUCGGAGCUGCCGAGGAUGAAGAUCGAGCGAGCCAGCGAACGCCGGAAUGAUCUGGGCGAGGCACCUCACUGGGACUGGCGCAGCUCUACCCUUAUCUACAACGACGGGAAGAGAGGAGAAAUUGUGCGGUUCGAUCCUCAGUCCAAAACAGAGACCGAAAUCAUUCGUCUCGAUGGCGAGAUUGGCAACAUGAUUCCUUACGUCGAAGACAACCGCAAGCUUAUGGUGUGCAUGGAAAAUGGCGUCUACAAACUUGACCUCGACACCAGGGAACAGACACUUCUUGCGGAGAUGUUGGAUCCAGAUUCUCCGGUACGAACCAGAAUCAAUGACGGCAAGUGUGACGCUAAGGGACGUCUCUGGGCCGGAACAAUGCCAAGAUUAUACAACAAGAACAACGCUCGAGGAGUGAACAACUUAUACUGCUACUCCAAGGGCAAGGUGACUUUGAAGAUGCCGCAAGUUUCUCUGUCCAACGGCAUCGCGUGGACGUCGGACAACCGGACCAUGUUCUACAAUGACACCAUACCGGGAACCACGUACGCCUUCGACUUCGACCUCGGCACCGGAGACAUAAGCAAUCGUCGUGUCUUUAUCGAUUUCAACCGUACGCCUGGGUACGAGCACCUCGGGAUUCCCGACGGGAUGACCAUGGACGUCAACGACAAGAUAUGGAUGGCCUGUUUCGGCUUUGGCUCCGUCAUUCAGAUCGAUCCAGAAACAGCUAAAAUCCUGAACACAAUCAAAGUUCCGGCCAAAUACCCUACGUCAUGUUGCUUCGGCGGCAAGAACUACGACGUUCUUUACGUCACUUCCGCUACCUUCAUUGGGGACGCCACGCACACUACUGACGGAUUCCUGUACCAGGUUACCGAACUAGAUGUCAAAGGAAAGGCCGCUUUUGAAUUCGCCGGUUGAUGUUGAAGCCCUAUA